UGGACGGAAGGGCCGGCCGGAGCCUGAAGAACGGACCUUCCUGGAGGCGCAUGCGCAGUGUGUCCGGAAGCUAGCCUUGACUUCUCUUGCUGCCAACCAUGCCGACUGUCAGUGUGAAACGGGACUUGCUUUUCCAGGCACUGGGAAGGAGUUACACGGAUGAAGAAUUUGAUGAGCUCUGUUUUGAGUUUGGCUUGGAGCUUGAUGAAAUCACCUCUGAAAAGGAAAUAAUAAACAAAGAGCAAGGCGGUGCAAAGGCCGAUGGUGCAUCUGAAAUUGUUCUCUAUAAAAUUGAUGUUCCUGCUAACCGAUAUGACCUCCUUUGUUUGGAAGGUCUAGUCAGAGGUCUUCAAGUCUUUAAAGAGAGAAUAAGGGCCCCACGAUACAAAAAGAUCACGCCACCUACUGGUGAACUCCAAAGACUUUCCAUUACGGAAGAGACUGCCCAUGUCCGUCCUUAUGCUGUGGCUGCUGUUCUUCGUAACAUAACUUUGACCAAGGAUCGUUAUGAUAGCCUCAUUGAUCUUCAAGAAAAAUUACAUCAAAAUAUAUGCAGGAAAAGAUCGUUAGUUGCGAUUGGAACUCAUGAUUUAGACACUGUCGUGGGUCCAUUUACAUAUACAGCUAAACCACCAUCUGAAAUUAAAUUCAAACCUUUGAAUCAGGACAAGGAGUAUACGGCCUCAGAACUCAUGGAUCUAUACAGGACGGAUAACCAUCUGAAGCAUUAUCUGCACAUUAUUGAAAACGAACCACUUUAUCCAGUUAUCUACGAUAGCAAUGAUGUGGUACUUUCUAUGCCACCAAUAAUCAACGGUGACCAUACAAAAAUAAAUCUCAACACCAGAAAUGUGUUUAUUGAGUGUACAGCUACAGACCUUACCAAAGCGAAAAUUGUCCUUGAUAUCCUAGUCACAAUGUUCAGCGAAUACUGCCAGAAGCCGUUCAUUGUUGAAGCAACAGAGGUGACUUAUCCCAAUGGAAAAAGCUACAUCUUCCCAGAGCUGGCUUAUCGCCGAGAGAAGAUAAAACCUGACAUAAUGAACAAGAAAAUAGGAAUUAGUGAGACUCCAGCAAGCCUUGCAAAGCUGCUCACCAGGAUGUGUUUGAAGUCUCAUGUCAUAGGGAAUGGGAACAAUAUCGAGGUUGAAAUCCCUCCUACAAGGUCUGACAUUAUCCAUGCGUGUGACAUCAUAGAAGACGCUGCAAUCGCGUAUGGCUAUAAUAACAUUCAGAUGACUAUUCCGAAAACGUACACCAUAGCUAAUCAAUUCCCUCUCAAUAAGCUGACAGAACUCCUGAGACAAGACUUGGCAGCAGCGGGUUUCACUGAAGCCCUCACUUUUGCUCUGUGUUCCCAGGAAGACAUUGCUAACAAACUUGGGAUCGACCUCUCUGCAACAAAAGCUGUGCAUAUAUCAAAUCCAAAAACAGCAGAAUUUCAAGUGGCACGUACUACUCUGUUGCCUGGUCUCCUGAAAACCAUUGCUGCUAACAGGAAGAUGCCUCUACCUCUGAAACUCUUUGAGAUCUCUGACAUUGUAGUAAAAGACUCCACCAAAGAUGUAGGUGCAAUCAACCGCAGGCAUCUCUGUGCUGUCUACCAUAACAAAAAUCCUGGCUUUGAGGUGAUUCAUGGAUUGCUAGAUAGAGUCAUGCAGUUGCUGGAUGUCCCACCAAGUAAAGACAACGGAUAUUACAUUAAAGCAACAGAAGAGCCUGCUUUUUUCCCUGGGCGCUGUGCUGAGAUUUUUGCUAAAGGACACAGCAUUGGGCACUUGGGAGUCCUUCACCCUGACGUCAUCACCAAGUUUGAGCUCACCAUGCCCUGCUCUGCUCUAGAAAUCACAAUCGAGACUUUCUUGUGAACUCGUUAUGGCAGCACCCCUUUUCUGUCCACACCGUUCUGUAACAAGCCUGGUUUCUUGGUAACUUUUAGAAAAUCCGUCCUAUCUUGUCAUAAAUUUAGACCAAGCUGCUUUGAAGCCCUGAUAAAGAAAAAUCUUUCAUUUCUGCAAUAAGGAUGUUUUAGUAACAUCAUAGCUACUCAAGUACAGCACCCAGGGCAAUCAGUCUAUCAAUAAAAAUGUUUGAGGCUGAACUUGAUCCUACACAGCUGUGUUUAACCAAUAUCACUUCCUUAUGUUCCUACAGUAAGUUAAUUGACUAGCACAAAUGUUGAAGAAAUGUGAGCGGAACCAAGAGCUGAGUUGUCAUUGUACAAGGCUGUCAUGUGGUCACCCAGUGAGGAGAAGAUGCUAGAGGAAUAUAGUUAUUUAUUAUACAAGGUGGAGUUACUUCUGCCAUAGUUUAAAUAUGUGUAGAUUGAUCUGUAUAAAAAAAUUAAAAAAUGAAAGUGAA